UGCCGGGCACUGGUGGACGAGCUGGAGUGGGAGAUCGCCCAGGUCGACCCCAGGAAAACCAUCCAGAUGGGCUCCUUCCGGAUCAACCCCGACGGCAGCCAGUCGGUCGUGGAGGUGAGGCGUCUCCCGGCACGGACCCGCCUGCGGCACCGGGAG